AUGUCAUCGAAGAUUCCUUUGGACCCUGGCCACCUGCAACAAAAGGAGGAGUACGAGCGACUGCCGAACAAUCACCAGUACUCAAGUGUGGUUCGUGGUUUGUUGUACGUGGCAGUAAACACUCGACCGGACAUCGCGGUCAGCGUAUCGAUUCUUGGAAGAUCGGUGAGCUGCCCAUUACAAGCGGAUUGGACGGAAGCGAAACGGAUUCUUCGAUACCUCAAGUUCACCAACGACCACGAACUUGUACUUGCAUCAGGAGGAGCUGUCAUGGAGGUUUACGUCGACGCUGACUGGGCCAGUGAUGUGAAGACCCGGAAUUCUGGAUUUCUGGUAAUGUUUGGUGGUGGUCCAAUCCACUGGGAAUCCCGGAAGCAGACAUGUGUUGCUUUGAGCAGCCCAGAAGCUGAGUUUGUGGCACUCGCUGAGUGUUGCAAAAAGUUACAAUGGAUUGACCGGCUGUUGCAAGAUUUCUCCGUUGUCAUGACGAAACCGAUCCAAGUUCACGAGGACAACCAGUCGUGCAUCAAGUAA